AUGAGCUGGUGGGCAGGGAAUCUUUUUCAUAGACAAACUGGAGAUCAGGGAGUCUUCUUCAUUGACAAGUUGGAGGACAGACCAGCUGAAGGUCGCCUAGGGAGACAUCGUCUCCAUAGACCAGCUGAAGGUGGCCUAGGGAGACAUCGUCUCCAUAGACCAGCUGAAGGUCGCCUAGGCAGACAUCGUCUUCAUAAACCAGCUGAAGGUCGCCUAGGGAAACAUCGUCUCCAUAGACCAGCUAAAGGUCGCCCAGGGAGACAUCGUCUCCAUAGACCAGCUGAAGGUCGCCUAGGAAGACAUCGUCUCCAUAGACCAGCUGAAGGUCGCCUAGGGAGACAUCGUCUCGAUAGACCAGCUGAAGGCCGACUUAGGAGACAUCGUCUCCAUAGACCAGCUGAAGGUCGCCUAGGAAGACGUCGUUUCCAUAGACCAGCUGAAGGUCGGCUAGGGAGUCAUCGUCUCGAUAGACCAGCUGAAGGCCGACUUAGGAGACAUCGUCUCCAUAGACCAGCUGAAGGUCGCCUAGGGAGCCAUCGUCUCCAUAGACCAGCUGAAGGUCGCCUAGGGAGACAUCGUCUCCAUAGACCAGCUAAAGGUCGCCCAGGGAGACAUCGUCUCCAUAGACCAGCUGAAGGUCGCCUAGGAAGACAUCGUCUCCAUAGACCAGCUGAAGGUCGCCUAGGGAGACAUCGUCUCCAUAGACCAGCUGAAGGUCGCCUAGGGAGACAUCGUCUCCCGACUUGGGAGACAUCCUCUCCAUAG